AUGGUGCAGCAGGCGGAGAGUACGGAGGCGGAGAGCAACCUGCCCCGGGAAGCGAUGGACACCGAAGAGGGCGAGUUCAUGGCUUGUAGCCCCGUCGCUUUAGACGAGAGCGACCCGGACUGGUGCAAAACGGCGUCGGGGCACAUAAAGAGACCCAUGAACGCCUUCAUGGUGUGGUCCAAGAUCGAGCGGAGAAAAAUCAUGGAGCAGUCCCCGGACAUGCACAACGCGGAGAUCUCCAAGCGCCUGGGCAAGCGGUGGAAAAUGCUGAAGGACAGCGAGAAGAUCCCUUUCAUCCGGGAGGCGGAGAGGCUGCGGCUCAAGCACAUGGCUGAUUACCCCGACUACAAGUACCGUCCCAGGAAAAAGCCCAAAAUGGACCCGUCGGCCAAGCCCAACGCCAGCCAAAGUCCCGAGAAAAACGCGCCCGCCAGCAGCGGCGGCAGCAAGAGCGCCAAGAGCUCCAGCAAGAAGUGCAGCAAGCUGAAAGCCUCCUCCGGCUCCUCGCCCCCAAAGCCGGGAGCCAAAACCGCCCACCACGGGGACUACGCGGGAGACGAGUACGUCUUCGGUACCCUGAAAGUGAGCAGCAAGACGGUCAAGUGCGUCUUCAUGGACGAGGAGGAGGACGAGGAUGAGGACGAGGACGAGCUGCAGCUGCGGAUCAAGCAGGAGGCGGAGGAGGAGGACGAGGACGAGGAGCCGGGGCCACAGCAGCUGCGGCGGUACAACGUGGCCAAAGUGCCGGCCAGCCCCACCUUGAGCUCCUCGGCGGAGUCCACCGAGGGGGCCAGCCUGUACGAGGAGGUGCGGGGCGGCGCCGCGGCGGCGGGCGGCGGCAGCAGACUCUACUACAGCUUCAAGAACAUCACCAAGCAGGGCCCGCCGCCGCCGCAGCAGCCGCCCGGCCUCUCCCCGGCCUCCUCCCGGUCCAUCUCCACCUCGUCGGCCGGCAGCGAGGAGGCGGACGACCUGCUCUUCGACCUCAGCCUCAACUUCUCCCAGCACGGCCACGCCGCCGCCGAGCUGGGGGCGGGCGCCGCCGGCGGCAACCUCUCCCUCUCGCUGGUGGACAAGGACCUGGACUCCUUCAGCGAGGGCAGCCUCGGCUCCCACUUCGAAUUCCCCGACUACUGUACCCCGGAGCUGAGCGAGAUGAUCGCGGGCGACUGGCUGGAAGCGAACUUCUCCGACCUGGUGUUCACGUACUGAGCGGGGGCGGCGGCCGGGGCGGGCGGCGACAGCGGCGGAGCUGGAGCGGUGCGACGCCGGCGAUGAUGAUGAUGAUGAUCAUGAUGAUGAUUAAAAAAAAAAUGUCUUGUUUUCUUUAAAAAAAAAAAUCUCGAAGUUAGUUCCGAGCCCGGGAGUUGUGAUUUUAUUUUUUUUAAUUUUUAUUUUUAUGUUUUUUAAUUUUUAUUACGUUUGGUGAUCACAACAACAACAGCAAAGGCAAAUGGGACUGGGGGAAAAAUGAUACAGAAGGCGCUGUUUGAAGCUUGUCGGUCUCUGAUUGAAGUCUGGAAGAUGGUCUGCGAAGAAGUCUUUUGGCAGCACAACUGUUACUCAAGGGGGUUUGUGGAUUUUUAUUUUUUUUUUCCCGUGAGAGAUCUUAACGAACUGUUAUGAUUUUUUUUUUUUUCUUUCCGAAAGGGACCAUUGCAACUUUUUUUGGAGGGAGAAAACUGAUGUCUUCUAUGCAUCCGAUUCUUAACAAAGCUGCAGGGAGCUUGAAAAAAUGCAGACUGUACAAACGCUUACAAAUAACUGAACUGACUUAAGAUCAGAGUUUACUUUUCAGAUCAAAUUGUUUAUGGUUUUACAAAUGUGAUUUCUACUUGCCAACUUUUUUUUUUGUAACUUGUUCCCUUAUACCUCCUUGAUUGAAUACCAGACAGCCUAGACCUCAGUACAAAAAGGUAUUGAAACAUUUUUGAUACAUAACAGACCUCAGUCUUUUUUAAAAAUUAAUAUAUUUUCAGGCGUAUUUUUGUACAGUGAAAAGGGAACAUUCUUGCUGUGUUUUUUCAGUAAGACUUUUCAGGCACUUCUUCCCUUUUAUUUUCUUUGUUUUUCUGUUUUUAGCAUGCAAGUUUGUUGGUACGUUACGUCCUGGUUUUAAAAGGAUUAAAAUUUUAAAAAAUAAUCCUUGCAUCUAAAGGCCUUGUGGUUUAAAGAAAAAAAGAAACAAACACUUUUUUUGUACAGCUAUAGUUCAGAUUUGUUCAA